AGCCUCCUCUUUCCAUCCAUCCAUCCAAAACGCAUUCUGUCAUACCCACUUCCACCUAAACGGAUCAAACACAAAGAAGUGAGGACGGUCGGAAGGAGCGCUCAUCAUCCUCCUCCUCCUCCUCCUCUUCACAGCUGAAGAUGGCGGACCCGGCCGAGUGCACCAUCAAAGUCAUGUGCCGUUUUCGGCCUUUAAACAGUUCGGAGGUGAUGAGGGGAGACAAAUAUAUCCCCAAAUUUCAAGGAGAGGAUAGUGUGGUCAUCGGGGGUAAGCCGUAUAUGUUUGAUCGCGUGUUUCAGUCUAACACUACUCAGGAGCAGGUUUACAACGCUUGUGCUCAGAAGAUUGUUAAAGAUGUGCUUGAGGGUUACAACGGUACAAUAUUUGCUUAUGGACAAACAUCCUCUGGAAAAACACACACCAUGGAGGGGAACCUGCACGAUUCUGAUGGCAUGGGCAUCAUUCCAAGGAUCGUCCAGGAUAUAUUCAACUACAUUUACUCCAUGGAUGAAAACCUGGAAUUCCAUAUCAAGGUCUCCUAUUUUGAGAUUUACCUGGACAAGAUCAGGGACUUGUUGGAUGUAUCUAAGACCAACCUGUCUGUACACGAAGACAAGAACAGAGUUCCUUACGUAAAGGGUUGUACUGAACGGUUUGUGUGUAGCCCGGAGGAAGUGAUGGACACUAUUGAUGAAGGCAAAUCCAACAGACAUGUGGCUGUCACAAACAUGAACGAGCACAGCUCCAGGAGUCACAGUAUCUUCCUGAUAAACGUCAAGCAAGAGAACACACAGACGGAGCAGAAACUGAGUGGGAAACUCUUCCUGGUGGAUUUAGCAGGAAGUGAGAAGGUCAGUAAAACCGGAGCAGAAGGUGCUGUGUUGGAUGAAGCCAAAAACAUUAACAAAUCUCUUUCAGCUCUGGGAAACGUCAUCUCCGCUCUGGCUGAAGGAUCGACGUACGUUCCUUACAGAGACAGUAAGAUGACGAGGAUCUUGCAGGAUUCUCUGGGUGGGAACUGCAGGACCACUAUAGUGAUCUGCUGCUCUCCAUCCUCCUUCAAUGAGGCUGAGACUAAAACUACGCUCAUGUUCGGACAGAGAGCAAAGACCAUUAAGAACACAGUGUGUGUGAACGUGGAGCUGACAGCAGAGCAGUGGAAGAAGAAGUAUGAAAGGGAGAAAGAGAAGAACAAGACUCUCAAGAACACCAUCACCUGGUUGGAGAACGAGCUCAACCGCUGGAGGAACGGUGAGAGCGUCCCCAUUGAAGAGCAGUAUGAUAAGGAGAAGGCAAACGCAGAAGUUCAGGCCCUGGAUAAUGUGGUGAAUAAUGAUAAACUCACCUCAUCUCCCAGCAUACCCGCCCUCAAAUUCACUGACGCUGAGCGUGAGAAGUGUGAGGCUGAAUUAGCUAAACUCUACAAACAGCUGGAUGACAAGGAUGAUGAGAUAAAUCAGCAGUCUCAGCUGGCUGAGAAACUCAAGCAGCAGAUGCUGGAUCAGGAAGAGCUGCUGGCCUCAACGCGGAGGGACCAUGACAACCUGCAGGCGGAGCUCACCCGUCUGCAGAUGGAGAACGAGGCGUCUAAAGAAGAGGUGAAGGAGGUGCUGCAGGCUCUGGAGGAGCUCGCAGUCAACUAUGAUCAGAAGAGUCAGGAGGUCGAGGACAAGACCAAGGAGUUUGAAACCCUGAGUGAAGAGCUCAACCAGAAAUCUAGCGUUCUCGCAUCUAUUGACUCUGAGCUGCAGAAACUGAAGGAAAUGACUAACCAUCAGAAGAAGAGAGUCACUGAGAUGAUGUCAUCACUGCUUAAAGACCUGGCCGAGAUCGGCAUCGCCGUAGGCAGCAAUGACAUUAAGCAUGAGGGUGGAGGUCUCAUUGAUGAAGAGUUCACCGUGGCUCGUCUGUACAUCAGUAAGAUGAAGUCGGAGGUGAAGACUCUGGUGAAGCGCAGCAAACAGCUGGAGAGUGCUCAGGCCGAGAGCAACAAGAAAAUGGAUGAGAACGAAAAAGAGCUCGCAGCCUGUCAGCUCCGUAUCUCUCAGUAUGAGGCAAAGAUCAAGUCCCUGACAGAGUAUCUGCAAAACAUCGAACAGAAGAAGAGACAGUUAGAGGAGAACGUUGACUCUCUCAAUGAGGAACUGGUCAAACUCAGCGCCCAGGAGAAAGUUCAUGCAAUGGAGAAGGAGAAUGAGAUGCAAAGUGCUAAUGAAGUGAAGACUGCAGUCGAGCAGCAGAUCCAGAACCACAGAGAAGCUCAUCAGAAACAGCUAAGCAGUCUUAGAGAUGAGCUGGAGACCAAGGAGAAACUCAUCACUGAACUGCAGGAUCAGAACCAGAAGAUCAUGUUGGAGCAGGAGCGCUUGAAGGUGGAGCACGAGAAACUCAGAUCCACUGACCAGGAGAAGAGCCGCAAACUGCACGAGCUCACGGUGAUGCAGGACAGAAGGGAACAGGCCAGACAGGAUCUCAAAGGCCUGGAGGAGACAGUGGCCAAAGAACUGCAGACUCUUCAUAAUCUGAGGAAGCUCUUUGUUCAGGAUCUGGCCACACGGGUGAAGAAGAGUGCUGAGAUGGACUCAGAUGACACUGGCGGCAGUGCGGCGCAAAAACAGAAGAUCUCAUUCCUUGAGAACAACCUUGAACAGCUCACUAAAGUGCACAAGCAGCUGGUACGUGAUAAUGCUGACCUGCGCUGUGAGCUGCCCAAGCUAGAGAAGCGCCUGCGGGCGACGGCGGAGCGCGUGAAGGCUCUGGAGUCUGCGCUCAAAGAGGCCAAAGAGAACGCAGCACGUGACCGCAAACGCUAUCAGCAGGAGGUGGACCGCAUCAAAGGCGUCAGAGCCAAGAACAUGGCCCGCAGAGGACACUCUGCACAGAUCGCCAAACCAAUCAGACCAGGUCAGCCCCCUGUCGCAUCUCCCACCCACCCCAAUGUCAACCGCUCAGGGGCGGGGCUCUUCCAGAACAACCAAUCAUCAGUGGGCAUCCGUGGUGGAGGCGGAGUCAAACAGUAAAAUAACUGUUGAAUGCUGAACAUAACCCCAGUAGCCCCAGCUGAAGCUGAUAUCACCCCAAAAAGCUAAACAGGCAUUCCACAGCACGGGAGGGUUCAAUACUAUACAUAUGAAAAUGAAUAUAAGUAUAUAUAUGUGUAUGAAACAUGAAAUACUAUCCCCGUCUGGGCUGUACAGUUGUUCCUCCAUUCUUAUCUCUUAUAUCUUCCCUUUAAAAAUAUAAAGAAAAAAAAGACAGGCUUUUUGCACCAGUGGACACGUGUGUAACUAGCGUGUAUCUCUUCACUCUUGCACAGUCGGUUUCUGCUCACAUCCUGCUCUCCACGUCCCUCACUGUGCCAAGUUGAAUGUAUUACAAAAUUAAGGAAAAAAAGACAGAAAAGAAUGAAAAACGGUAAAAAGGAAAAAAAAAAAAAAAACUACUAGCUGCGUUAUUUUAGCCUUAUUUAUAUACAUUCACAUUUUGGGUUUGUUUAGAGAGUUAGCUUGUUCUCCUCUCUUGCUUUGAGUAGUUUCUAUUGAACAUUUCACCUAAAUAAGUUAAACACUACAAUUGGACUGUAUAUAUAUAUAUAUAUAAAUAUAUAUAAUAUGAACCAUUGAGUUAGUUUUUGUGAUGAUGGACAUUCUCAGAAGUAAUGAUUUAAAUUAUGAUAAAAGGGUCGUCUGAAAGUGGACAGACAAGAUGCAGUUCCAUGAAAUGAGAAUGAAAAGGCUGCUUAAUGUAGACGCACCUGAGCUACAGGUAUAUUUAAAGCACUGUAUGAACACAUAACGAGUAAUCAUUGUUACAGCAUAAAGACCUACGUGUAUGUCACAGCCGUAGCUAGGUUUAAAAAAAACAAUAAUACUAAUGUCACUUGGUCAUUUUGACAUUUCAAUAUUUAACUUUAGUUCUCACUAUUUAAACAGGUAGAGUUUGCCGUAUCGAUGUUGCUCCGUAGAUCAGUCACUACAAAUUAUUAAAAAUCACGUCCUCUUAGUUUUGCCUAAAAUAUUCCUGGAAAGGAUUGUAAUUACAUUGUUUUUGAGGCAUGGAACCUUGCAUUUAAUUUGAGAGGCAGUUGACCCAACAUUAAAAAAAUAUAUAUUGUCAUUUAUUCACCCUCAUGUUAUUCCAAACCUGUUUGGAUUAUUCAUGCAACACUAAAGGAUAUCAAUCUUUACGUUACGACAAUUUCAAGCUCCAAAAAGGACACCAUUAAAGUAGUUUAUAUGACUCUGGUGUCAUGCCAUUCUAAACAAACUGAAAUGUAUGUCGUUAUUCACUUCAGAUGUUCUAAAAUCCCAAUUUGUGCCAUUUGUUUACAAGACAUUAUGGCAUUUGGCAUCACUGACAUCAAACCUUCCACAAAUCUCUUUAUGCACCAUGUUUUCAGUGGUUUUAAUGGUGUUUUUGUAGCUCCUUUUCACUGUUUUCAUUUUAGAAAAACGUCUGUUUCACAGAAAAAGGAAAUUCAUAAUUAAAUUCAUCACAUUCAUUUGGGAGGACAUGAAAGUGUGUAAAUGAUGACAAAAGCUUUUUUUUUUUUUUUUUGGUGAACUGUCCCUUGUUAAGAAACUCCCUGUAAAAGCAAUACAGUAAUGUCAUUUUCUAGUUUGUUUUAUGCUUAAGAAACCCGUUUGUAUAGUGUCAUUUUGUUGUUUUUGGGGAGUGAGGUUUGUGCAGUGGUCAAACAGCCAUUGGAAUCACAAUAUACCUACACUCCUGUUUUUACCCUUUUAUUUGAUUUUCAUUGUUUUUGGUAUGGUUUAGUCCAUUAUAGGGUCCACAUUUUGAAAUUAUGCAUUUUAGAAAUGAUCGAAUCUUGCGUGAUUUGAGCAUUGCAAAACAACCCAGGGGAACCCACACAGCGUUUAGUUCUGGCUCAUACAACCAAAAUAUGAUCUUGCAUUAUUGUCUGCUGUGGUUUUGGUUGCCUUGUGAUUUUGCAUUUGCUUAAUUAGACCUGCUGAUUGGCUUUCCACAGUUCGUACGGUUCCAAUGCUUUUCAUUCAGCACAACGUUACUGCCUUUCAUUGAGUAGUGUUAAUGGGUGGGGUCUAUUUAAUGGUGGGCGGGGUUUAUUUAAUCAUUUUAGGUCAUGUUUUCAAUUUGUUGCACUUGCAACUAGAUAAUAUUGUUUUAUUUAUUUUAUGUUUUAUUGUAGAUUAGGGAUUUUGCUGUUCAUUUUCUUUUGUUGAACUUUUUUAAGUCUACUAAUGUCAUUUUUUUUUUUUUUUUUUCUUCUUAUGAGAAGUGUAUGUAGAUUCCAGUAUACUUGGUUUCCAUUUUCCUGUUUUUCCAUAUAAAUUGGAUCCAAAUCCUACUAGAUGUCCUGUGUAUGUUACUGUAGUACUGUAGUAGAAGGGGGAAUAUUGAAGAUGACGUUUUAAGACCUUUUGUGUGCAAUAUGAAUCUGGUGUAGUGCAAGUUUCACAGUACUGAAGAAAAGCGAUGGGAGAGGAAAUGAAAACCACACUCUACGGUCCUCUGAUUGUUUUUUUCAUUGUUUGAUCAUUUGUCUAACGGUUGUCUUGUUCAACGAAUUUAAACUUAUAAAAGCACUUUAAAAUGUUACCAUCUCAAUUGAAAAACGCACUUGUUGAAAACUGAAAAUUUGCAUCUCAAAUUUCUCACUGAAUUUUCUAAUUGUUAUUGAGGAGCUUCUGCAGGAGGUCAUGUGUUUUGAAGACUGUCAAUGUUGUUUUUUUGUAUUUUAUUUUGCAUUGAAUCUGCAUUUUUAACAGUUACUGGGGAAAACACUCCAUCUAAAUGGCUCUAAUGGAAAGAUGUAAUGGUGAUGAGAUUGUGUGUACAGUUGGUUCUUCAGAGUGUGUAGACUGAAUUGCUGUGUAUAUUUCCUUCAGUUGCUUACUGUAGGCAGGUUUUCACCCCUUGACAUGAAACGCAAAUAAAGUAUAGGGUAAAACACA